AUGGGUGGUGGAGGUGGAGGAGGAGUUAGUGUCGGCAUUAGCAGCGGCAGUGGUAGCGGCAGCAGUAGCAGCAGCGCGGCUGCCAUCAAUGCCGCUGCCACAUUGCACUGUCUCACCUCGGUGGGCAGUAGUCAUAGCAGUGGCGGCAGCGGUAGCAUUAAUGGCAGUGGCAGCAAUGGUGGCGGCGUUGGCAUUGGCGCUAGCAGUGGUGGCAGUGGUCUGGGUGGCGGUGGUGGUGUACAUGCAAGUUUAGGACUCACCGCGAUGGGCAUGGCAGCGGGCUGCGGCGGUGGUGGCGGUGGAUUGAGUGCUUUCGGUAGUGGUGCUAGCAGUUUAGCGGCAUUUGGUGGCAGUGGCGGUAGUAGCAGCAAUUCCAAUGGUAGUAGCGCAAAUCAUCACCAUCAUCAUCACAAUAGUGUUGUUGGUGGCAUUGGCAGUGGCGGCAAUAAUUUGAAUAUAGCAACUGCAACCCUAACGGCUGCUCCAACGCAUAGCGUCGGCGCGAGCAGUGGCUUUGGCAGUUUGGGCGGCAUCAGUGUGGGUGUCGGUAUGGGCAUGGGGAUGGGCGGUGGCAAUCUCAACUCUCUUGUUGUUGGUAAUCGAUUAAUGAACACAGGCUUACCGACGAUAUUGAAAUGA